GCAUGAAAACAAUGAAACUAAAACUUAAAAAAGCACACCCUCGGUGACAGAAAAAGCAACGGAGGCAAUUUUAAAAUCAGCUGUCUCAGAAAUUUUGUCGUUUCAGUUGGUUUUGGCGUCACCUUGAUUGCACGUCAAAAAGUGCUUUAAAUGGUUCUCCAGAUAAAAAGCGCGGAUUGUGCGGGCAUUUGAUCGUUGGAGAUGGCGCUAGCAGGUUACAGGAAUCAAGGGUUGUCCGAUGGAGACCUUGGCGCCCGGGUGGAAACAAGCACGGGGCCGGUGCACGGCCGUUCCUGCACAGGGAUCUAUGGAGACGAGUACGUUAGCUUCGAGGGAAUCCCCUACGCCCAGCCGCCUGUGGGGCCUCUCAGGUUUAAGGCUCCCCAGCCAGUGGAGCCCUGGACCUCGCCCCUGGACUGCUCUAAAACGGGCAACAAACCACUGCAAUUUAACCAAUAUACGAAAACGUUAGUCGGCUCCGAGGACUGCCUGUACCUGAACGUCUACGUCAAGGAGCUUAACUCGGCGACUCCCCUGCCCAUGGUUGUCUACUUCUUUGGAGGUGGCUUCGAAAAGGGCGAUCCCACAAAGGAUCUACACAGCCCCGACUACUUCAUGAUGCGAAACAUGAUCGUAGUUACGGUGUCCUAUCGAGUGGGUCCACUAGGUUUCCUGAGCCUCAACGAUCCAGCCGUGGGAGUGCCCGGUAAUGCCGGACUUAAAGAUCAGCUUUUAGCCAUGAAAUGGAUAUCCCAAAAUGCGGCCGCCUUCAACGGGGACCCUAAAAACAUAACCGCCUUCGGGGAAAGUGCCGGUGCCGCUUCCGUCCAUUAUUUAAUGCUGAAUCCUCAAGCGGAGGGACUCUUCCAGAAGGCCAUCUUGCAGUCAGGCAAUGUCCUAUGUCCCUGGGCUCUAUGUCCACUGGAGAAUUUGCCGCACCGUCUGGCGUCCCAUUUGGGAAUGGAAAGUGCGGAGCAUGUAACUGACGCCAUGGUGCUGGACUACCUGCAGAACCUUCCUGGAGAGGACUUGGUUACGCCCUAUCUGCUCAGUCCGUCUGACCACCUCAACGACUGCGUCUUUCAGUUCGGGCCAAAAGUUGAGCCGUACAAAACGGAACACUGCGUCCUGCCAAAGCAUCCAAAGGAACUUCUUAGCACGGCAUGGGGCAAUCGCAUUCCAGUGCUGAUGAGCGGCACCUCCUUCGAGGGAUUGCUUAUGUACGCUCGUGUCUCGAUAGCUCCAUACUUGCUUACUACCCUAAAAACUGAACCGGAACACAUGCUUCCACUGGACUUAAAGCAAAAUAUGCCUCAGGCCUUGGCUCGUAACUUGGGGCAGCGUCUGCAGGAAAUGCAUUUCGGGGACACAGAUAUAUCGAUGUCGCCAGAGGCAGUUGUGGCCUAUUGCGAGUACGCCAGUUACAAGGUCUUUUGGCUUCCCAUUCUCCGGGUUGUAAGGUCGCGACUUAAAAAUUCAAGGGCGCCUACUUACCUGUACCGCUUCGAUUUUGAUUCCCCCACUUUUAAUCACCAGCGCUUACAGUACUGCGGGGACAAGUUGCGAGGAGUGGCUCAUGUGGACGACCACUCGUACCUGUGGUACGGGGAAUUCUCCUGGAAGCUGGACAGAAACACACCCGAGUUCCUGACCAUCGAGCGCAUGAUCGAUAUGCUGUUCACCUUUGCCAGUGCCGGAAAUCCGAACUGCGACCGAAUCAAGGAUCAACUUCCUCGCACCAAAGAGUGGAAACCUUUGGACAGAAAUUCAGCUCUGGAGUGUCUAAACAUUUCUAAUAGCAUUAAAGUGAUGGAACUGCCGGAACUCCAGAAGCUGAAAGUCUGGGAGAGCGUUUGCCAUUCCAAAUAGUCAAGAGCUAAAUUUUUAGUGAAGAAAAUUUAAAGUUUUUAUAUAUUGAACUUGAGGCAGAAAUAUCAUUUCGAAAGAGCAGACUCUAUAAGAACAAACGUCAUUGGGCUUUUACAAACAUAUGUAUAUUUAGAUAAUUUUUAUACAAAUUAGAUAUUAUAUACACAAUAAGCAGCAAUGCAACAAUUAGAA